AAUGCCAGGUAACAGAGGAUAUUUCCCAUGCUGUUAAAGCAAGGUUGCAGACACUAAUGAAUUCUGGGCCCAAUACUCUAGGAGGGCACCCCUCUGUCCUGGAAAAUGGUACAGGAAUGAAUACUUUUCCUUUGACUCAUUCUGGUUAUUCAUCCAGGAUCACAGACACUAAACAAUGGAAAUAUGGCCAAAUUCAUGAUUUGCUAACUCUCUUCUCAGGUUUCUUAUCUGACUCUUAGGAUAACAGCAUUACUUUGAAGCAGAUGAUGAAGAUACGCUGUCCAAAUAUGUACACAGUUUUGACCAAAAUGCCUGAUACAAAUUGGUCAACAAACAAUGACUGGAUGAUGAUAUGAAUAUUUACUGAAUGACAGGGAUCCCAUGAAUAACUGUGGAAUAAUUGUUGUGAUUGCUUUUAUUAGCAGUGCUCAAAACUCAUCUCUGUGUGACCUUGCAAUCCCUGGCCCUACCUGUGGUGCCCCAAACGUCGGCAUGAUAUCUCGCAGGACGUGCUCCAGGAAGACCACAGAGGCAAACUUUCCAGAUACCAUCCGGAAUUCCUACUCCCAGCAGGAAGAGACCAAACCAAAUAUUGGAGCCAGCAAAAAUAGACUUCUUCUGAGUCAGGUGGCUUACUUCCUGAACUACCAGCUGAAGACCUACAGAGAUCGAAAAGAUGACGAUGAAGAACAGAAGGGCAGAGACAGCAAAAAUAAACUUCUUAUGAGUCAAGUGGCCUACUACCUGGGCUGCCGGCUGAAGACGGAAGUCCCUGGCUAUCUGUGUUCUGCCCCAAAUGUCAGCACGGUGGCAUCUGGCAGGCCUCCUUCCAGAGAAAACACAGAAGUGAACAUUCCAGAAGACAUUGAGAAAUCCUGCUCCCAGCAGGAAGAAAACAAAGCAAAUUUCAGAGCCAGCAAAAAUAGACUUCUUCUGAGUCAGGUGGCCUACUUCCUGAACUACCAGCUGAAGACCUACAGAGAUCGAAAAGAUCACGAUGAAGAACAGAAAUGCAGAGACAGCAAAAAUAAACUUCUUAUGAGUCAAGUGGCCUACUACCUGGGCUGCCGGCUGAAGACGGAAGUCCCUGGCUAUCUGUGUUCUGCCCCAAACGUCAACACGGUGGCAUCAGGCAAGCCUCCUUCCAGAGAAAACACAGAGGUGAACGUUGCAGAAGGCAUUGAGAUAUCCUGCUCCCGGCAGGAAGAAAACAAACCGACUUUCAGAGCCAGCAGAAAUAGACUUCUUCUGAGUCAGGUGGCCUACUUCCUGAACUACCAGCUGAAGACCUACAGAGAUCGAAAAGAUCACGAUGAACAGAAAGGCAGAGACAGCAAAAAUAAACUUCUUAGGAGUCAAGUGGCCUACUACCUGGGCUGCCGGCUGAAGACGGAAGUCCCUGGCUAUCUGUGUUCUUCCCGAAACAUCAGCAAGGUGACAUCUGGCAGGCCUUUUUCCAGAAGAAACACUGAGUUGAACGGAAGGCAUUGAGAAAUCCUGGUCCCAGCAGGAAGAUAAACCGAAUAUCGGAGGCAGCAAAAAUAGACUUCUUAUGAGUCAGGUGGACUACUCCCUGAACUGUCGGCCGAAGACAUGCAAAGAUCGACAAGAUUGUGAAAUACAGAAAUACAGAGAAAGCAAAAAUAAAGUUCUUAUGAGGCAAGCGGCCUACUAUAUGCGCUGCCGGCUGAAGAUUGAAGGUAAGGAAGUUCUAUAGGUUCAUCAUCAUCAUGAAAGUGCUGAACGAUCUUCUGUCUUUUCUC